GAAACCCCCUGCGGCCCCCCUGUUUGGGUGCAUCUCUGGCAGAGCAAGAUGUUGCAUGGUUAGAGAUGUAAUUUGGAUAAUCUUCAUGGGCUUUUAAAUAAAGCAUAACUAUUUUAACCAUGAAACCCCCACCCCUCGCUCCUUCGCUUCUCUGCUUCUUUUAUGCUCCGGUGCGCCAUCGUCGUCCAGCCCAAGCUCCUAGCCAAAGCUAAAAUAAUAGAAGAGCGUCGACCGCCAUAGCCACCCAGCGUCUGUGCUCUCUCCUCGUUUCUCUCUCAUAAACUUUUUCUCUUCCCGUCUUUAAAUUUCACACUCUGCCAUUUUCUUCUGCCAGUUUGCUUUUCUUUCUCCAAUGAAACUGUAGUUGUAGAUGAUCUUUUCAAACCCUAAGGCCACUCUUCCUGACCCUUGGAUCCGUGCUAUCUCGGCUAGUCGUAGUCCAAGUCCAUCUCAUGGCCAGUAACCCUUCCGAAGGCCCAAACGACGAUUUUCUCGAGCAGAUUCUCGGAAUUCACUCCUACGCCGGAGCCGACUCUGGCUUGCCUGCGAACGACGCUGGCGGCGGUUUGGCCGGCGCCGGUGCUCCGAUGAUGCUCCAGCUUAGCUCCGGCGAUGGCUCAGGUCAUGUUGGCGGUGUCGUUGCCGGCAGCAGUGGCUAUCAUGGUGCAGUGUUUCCGCUGGGUCUGAGCUUGGAGCAGGGGAAAACUGGCUUCCUGAAGCCCGAGGAGGCUUCUGGGAGCGGCAAACGGUUCAGGGAGGAGGUCGUCGAUGGUAGAGCUUCUUCGGUAAAAAACGCAUUCCAUGGUCAACCAAUGCCCAACACAGUUUCUGCUGUGCCACAUCCUCCUGCAAUUCGCCCAAGGGUGCGGGCAAGGCGCGGACAGGCUACAGAUCCGCACAGCAUUGCUGAGCGGUUACGCAGAGAAAGAAUAGCAGAAAGAAUUAGAGCAUUGCAGGAACUGGUUCCAAGCGUCAACAAGACGGAUAGAGCAGUGAUGAUUGAUGAAAUUGUUGACUACGUGAAGUUCCUAAGGCUCCAAGUAAAGGUUUUGAGCAUGAGUAGAUUGGGUGGGGCUGGUGCAGUGGCACCCCUUGUAACAGACAUCCCAUUAUCAUCAGUUGAGGAUGAAGGUCGUGAAGGUGGUGAAAGAAGCCAACCGGCAUGGGAGAAGUGGUCGAAUGAUGGCACAGAACGACAAGUUGCUAAACUGAUGGAAGAGAAUGUGGGUGCUGCUAUGCAGUUUCUUCAAUCCAAGGCGCUUUGCAUCAUGCCCAUUUCGCUUGCCUCUGCAAUCUACCACACCCAACAGCCGGAAACCACCACCCUGGUGAAGCCUGAAACCAACCCCCCCUCGUAGAGGUCAGAAAGAAAUCGCGCUGGCCUUUAGGUAAUGUGCCUGGAAUAGUCCCAUUUUAGUCCCAAUGAAAUGGGUGGCCCCUCCCGUUUUUAGGUUGCUAUCGAAGUCAGAAGCCAUAGUUCCAGCUUUUGCUUUUAUUUUCAGCUUUUGUCAAUACUGGAUUUCAUUUCAUUGCGAUGCCUAAAAUAUAGAGGCAAAGCCUUUCCUUUCAUGCCUUUACAAUUUCAAAAUGGAGGGGGAAAGAUUGUCAAAGGUCUCUUGAUGUAGUGUGCUUUUUGGCGUCCUUUGUGGGGAUUAGUGGGGGAUGACCAAAGCACUUUUGUAGUGGAGGGGCUAUCAUUUUUUGGUAGUGGGAAGUGGGACCUACAAAAGGAGUGGGUGAUUGUAAUUGUAAUUUUACUUAUGUAUUUUGGAGCAAAUAGAAAUUCGGAGUUUAGAAUGGAUGAAUUGUUGGUGGUUCGAAAAA